AUCUUUAAUUUCAUGACUGUAAUUUCUUUCUUUCCUUUUAUUUAUAAGUGUUUAUGCUACUUGUUGGAAUGUUGGUGAAUUGUUACAGUUUACAAAAAUUCCUCAUUUUAUUUUGCUCCAUGAGAAAGGAACCUUUAUUUUGUAGAUGAGAAAAAUAGAGAAUGUCUUGUCCAAGGUCAAAAAGGCAGAUAAAAAUGGGGAAUCCUGCCUACCUGCCCCAGCUGAGGCCUCCCCUCUAGGACCAAAGCUUGUUUCUAGACGGAAGGGAGUUUGAACACUAGGUUCUCACUGUGUAGUCCUGGCUAGCCUGGAACUCACUAUGUGGACCAGACUGACCUUGAACUCACAGAGGUUUGCCGGUAACCUAACUCUGAAGCUCUGGGAUUUCUGGUGGCCUGUUUACCCAGCUGUUUCUGGAUAGCCACCAUUCCCCAGUCUGCUUACAGGACCAGGAAGAUCUUGCUGACUGGCUGAGUAAGAAGUGCCCUCCAAUGGCAUCUCCUUUGUCCCCUAACUGCCUUCCCCGGGCCUGUCUGUGCACCCUUUAACCCAUCCCUUCCCCUGAGAUGCCCUUAGGUUCUAAGCCACCAGGGGGGCUUAAUGGGAAGAACCUGGCUCAGGACCCUCCUUAAUCUCUAGAGAAGUCAGUCAACUGUGUUGUGAAGCUGGGCCAUCGCUGCCUUCUUACUGUGUCCCUGUCAUCCAGCACAGAUAGGGCACACGGCAAGUGCCAGGAAGUAUUUUGGAAAUGAGUGAACAGGUACAGUGGAUAUUCAGAAGAGAAACUUCUUGUUUCGUGAAGAGCAACCAUAGUGGGUUCCUGUUUCCACCCUCUGAGACUUAUGUGCCUAGACUGGUCUUGAAUUCAGCCUGUAGAAUGGCAUUAACUUCUAAUCCUCCUGCUUCCACCUUUUGAAUCCUGGGCUUGUAGGUAUAUACCUGUUUUAUUUGGUGCUGGCAAUCAAACCAAAGAUUUCUUGCAUUCUACGUAAGCAUUUUACCAACUGAGCUCUACCCCAGCUCCUUCAUAGUCCUGCCGCCCAAACCCUGAAACCUGCUUCAGUCUUGCUAUAGAAUGAGUGGCAGGAUUCAUGAUGGAGAGAAUGGCAUCCUAGACUUGCUGGGCCCAGCUCAGUCCUGCAUUUUCAUGUUCUGUCACUGUUAUUGCAGAAGAGAGGUCUAGGCACUGGGCCUCCCUCCAGCUUGUAUGGAUAAAGCCUCCUGGAGAGUUCAAUUUGUAAGAGAGACUUGCCCAGGCCUGGGCUUGGGUCAGGAAGGAAACUCAUAGGGAGUCCCGGACCAAGACUGUACAAUCUUUUCCAUGGUCACCCACCCCCCAAACUCCUUGGUGCUAACUGCUUUCCAUUAGUGCCAUCUUUGCAAGGGUCAACUCUAAAAAUUCCUUCCCUUUUAAGCGGGAGAAAAAGCUCUCAGCUUGGCAUUUGAGUCCUUUCGUAUGAAUUCCUUGGCCCCCACAUAUUCCAUGCCACCUAACCCUCCAUGCCAGCCACACAGGAUCUCCUGGCUCUUCUUCAACAGCCUGUACCCUCACCCUCUGAGUCUUGGCUUAGGCUUCCUCCCUCCCCAUCUCUCUCUUUGACAACCCCAAGUUAUCUAUUAAGGCCAGCUCCUUGGGAAAGCUUCCACUAACCACUUCCCCAGGAUACAGGUUGUCCCAGUCUCUGUGACCCUGAGUUCCUAGUCUCUGUGUUCCCUUUGGAUAUGGUUGGAUCUCCCAAGAUAACCUGUCCAUCGCUGUGCACUCCUCAGAGGGCCUGGCAGAGUUCAUCUCUGAAGCUGCGCAUUUGCAGACACUGGCAGGCGUUUGCUGGAGCUUUGUGGCUCUUAAGAUUGUGAGUUACUGUUGUGUUACUCUGAGCACAAACUCCUGGGAUCUGAGAAUGUCAGCUAAGGCUUUUUGGAGCCACAAGAAACAGAGCUUUGGACACAGCACCUGCUUCUGCAGGUAAACUGGAGGAACAGCAUAGGAUUCGGGUACUCUUGGAAUUAGACUCGGAGAGUCACUGCCCAGAGGAGAGUCUGUCUCGUUGCCUUCUGUGCAUCCUGUGAUAUGAACCUGGGUUCUCCCAUCUCAGGCUGGAUGCUUCCUGCCCCUCCCUGGUCACAGCUUGGACCAUGACCUCUGUCUCUCUGCUGGGGACCCAGAGCAGGCCUCCUGAUGAGAAGUGUUGUAGUACCCCAGAAUUCAGCAUUUUUCUGCCAUGAUGGGAAGAUAGCGCCUGCAACUCCGGACUGUGCACAUCUUCUCCCUGUGAGCCCCCACCCCCACUGCUCCCUGGUCUUAUUCAUUCUUCAUCAGCUGCUCUCAUGGAUCUGUGAUUCUUCCAGUUUGAAAGAACUCACACUCAGGGACUGGGUCUAACUUGACCCAGACUGCACAGCAUAACAGGCUCCAGGCUGGGUCUUGUUAGAGGCACUCAGGUGUGCUUGGCUGGGGUGGAGUCUGGGUUCUUGUGGUUCUGAGCCCAUUUAGCCCAUCUCUGAAGGAAGCCCUGUGCUGUACUCAACUGAGCUGGGCCAGGUAAAAUCCAUGAUUUGGAGUCCUGCCUUGGCUAGGUAGGCCCUUUCUCCUUGGAGACUCAGCUUUGUGUUCUGUGGAGCACCCAGUGCUCUCUCUGCCUCAGUGAGUGCUCCCAACAGCUGAGAUCUUGGGAGUUUUAGGGAAAGUGCUGCAGAGCACUGGGGCCUCCUAGAAUGGAGGUCUUACACCACAGACACACCACCUGAUACCAUCAGAGGUCACCCCUGAGCUGUGUCCCCAGACUAGACCUGGUGUAACAUACCAGGCACAGCUGGGGGAAUUGCUCUCCUCUAACCCCGUGGAGGAUGUUUGGAAAGGGACAGACAGGCAGUGACUUAGGUUCCUAAUCCUGUGCUGCUUAGAUUGCCUGUACUAUGCUCAAGCCAGUUGCUUAGAAUUCAGGUCAUCUUGCCCAGAUUUGUGCUCACUCUUCCUGCACACACCUGACGCCUCCACAUCUUUCUAACCACAAGUCGGGUGUCCUCUUCUCCAGGAAACCUUCCCGAGGAGGGGCCUCCCCACUACCACUGCCUCCUUUCCCAGCAAGGCCUCCUCAGCUUCCUUCAGGCGUGAGCAGCCUGAGUUGUCACUGUCUGUUUCUGGGUGUGUCUCCCUGACCCCUGACCUUGAUAACAAACAUCCGGAGAUCAGGAAAGAAUGUAAUCUCAGAGCAACCGAGGACAAACCUUGGGAUGCGGUGUGCUGUGGAUUGCUGAGGGUUCUGGACCUCCUUCCCCUGAGGAUGGGUCUGGGAGUGUGAGGUACUGAUCUUAGGUCAGCCUGGCUCUACCUUGCCACGUAGCUUCACCCAUAAUUCCUGCAGGGCUACUUGCCUCUCUUGUCUUUGGGGGUGCUCCCAUCCCUCCUGUCUCUACCCUGCAUGGCAACCUCUCUCUUAUUAUUCUAUAGUGUGUGUGUGUGUAUGUAUCUCUGUGUGUGUAUGUGUGUGUGUGUCUCUGUGUGUGUCUGUGUGUGUGUGUGAAGUUUUUGCUCACAAGCAAGUUCUGUUCUGUUAAGAAGAGAUUGACAAGCAGGCUAUGGGAUUGUCAGCUCUGCUCAUCUAACAGCUGGCAAGGGCAGAACAGAUUCUCCACCCACGCUGUGCUCUCACCUCCCUCUUGAUGCUGUUCUAAGUCCAGGUCCUCAGUUCCCCUCUCAAAAUCUCUUUCUGACAAAGGCAGGUAAGUAACAGGUCUCUGGGCCAUGAUAAGACACUCUGCCCUGAGAAGCUGGACAGGGUCCACCAGCCUGGCAGGUGGCGCAUUCCAGAGCCACCCUAGUAGAGGAACUGGAAUGUUGUUCAACCACCCAGGAAAGUCUGCUGCCAGCUUAGGAUCAGCUCUGCUUCCUCCUCUUGGCUUUAGACUUACUAGCCUGGGACUAGUGGGAAAGGACCAGGUUGGAGUUGUCAGACCUCCUUUUCUGGAGAUGAAACAAAGAGGCAGAGCUUUGGGGGGUGGUCAAAGAUGAAUGGCCGGGGAUCUCCCUGGGGAUGGCAUCUGGGCAUUGUAGGGUAGGGUAGGAUCUAGUGGUCAAGGGAACAGCAGAACUCUGUGCUGUUUGCUAGUGUUGUGACUAUAAGGAGGUUAUUUUAGCUGCUGAAACCUUCAAAUUAAAUAUGAAGAGGCUCAUGAAGCCACCUAACAAAGAUGGGUACAGAGAAUGCUCAGCUCUCCCCACGAGACUGAUGGUAAAGAAUUGGGAGCUAUCACUGAGUGAGACAGAAUCAUGUGACUGCUUCAGUCGUACUGAGACAGGAGGAUGGGGGAAAGGGGAAAAUGGCAGGUUUUCUAGUGAUGACAGGGACCAGUUCAACUAGGACCUUGUAUGUUAACUUAACAGCAGUAGGGAGCUAUGGAAGGAUUUGCACUCAAGGGCAUGUGGUUAAAGGUAGGUAUCAAGAAGACAAUGUGACUAAAGAGUUAAGGUUGAACAGGCAGGGCAAGAGGGAGGCUAGGACUGAAGUAAAGAGGAUGGUGGUUCCAAGGGAAAACUUAAUCCUGUGUCUCUACUUCAAUGCAAAGGGCAUACAAGCAUGUCUAAGGAACUCCGCUGGCUGAGCUUGGAGCCCUCCAGGCAGCUGCUUGCCCUGAAAAAUGCUGGAGGCGGGGCACAGCCUCAGGCCCAGGAACCUGUUUUUUCUGUUUCCUGCUUUGGUCCCAGCGGCUGGUCCAGGCCUGAGCAUUUAUGAGUGAAGAACUGGAGCCCACACAGAGCAUCCUCACUUGCUCCUGAGCAAGACUGAUCAGGUCCAGCCAGGGCAAUGGCAGUAGACGGGGACUCCUGGAAUAGCACCAUCAAUGGCACCUGGGAGGGGGAUGAACUGGGCUACAAGUGCCGCUUCAACGAGGACUUCAAGUAUGUGCUGCUGCCCACGUCCUACGGCAUGGUGUGCGUGCUCGGGUUGUGCCUGAACGUUGUGGCUCUUUACAUCUUCCUGUGCCGCCUCAAGACCUGGAACGCCUCCACCACGUACAUGUUCCACCUGGCGGUUUCUGACUCUCUUUACGCAGCCUCUCUGCCGCUGUUGGUUUAUUACUAUGCCCAGGGGGACCACUGGCCAUUUAGCACAGUGCUUUGCAAGCUGGUGCGUUUCCUCUUCUACACCAACCUCUACUGCAGCAUCCUCUUUCUCACCUGCAUCAGUGUGCACCGGUGCCUGGGUGUCUUGCGCCCUCUGCACUCUUUGCGCUGGGGCCGUGCCCGCUAUGCCCGCCGUGUGGCUGCGGUGGUGUGGAUUCUGGUGCUGGCCUGCCAGGCACCCGUGCUAUACUUUGUCACCACCAGUGUACGGGGGACCCGCAUCACCUGCCACGACACCUCGGCCCGAGAGCUCUUCAGCCAUUUUGUGGCCUACAGCUCCGUCAUGUUGAGUCUGCUCUUCGCUGUGCCCUUUUCCAUCAUCCUUGUCUGUUAUGUACUCAUGGCGCGGCGGCUGCUCAAACCAGCUUAUGGGACCACAGGUCUGCCUCGGGCCAAGCGCAAAUCUGUGCGCACCAUUGCCCUGGUGCUGGCCGUCUUUGCCCUCUGCUUCCUGCCUUUUCAUGUUACCCGCACCCUCUACUACUCCUUCCGAUCACUUGACCUCAGUUGUCACACCCUCAAUGCCAUCAACAUGGCAUACAAGAUCACCCGGCCAUUGGCCAGCGCCAACAGUUGCCUUGACCCUGUGCUCUACUUCUUGGCAGGGCAGAGACUUGUCCGUUUUGCCCGAGAUGCCAAGCCACCCACAGAACCCAUCCCCCGUCCCCAGGCUCGUCGCAGGCUGGGCCUGCACAGGUCUCACAGGACUGACACAGCCAGGAAAGAUGUGUCGAUCAGCAGUGAUGACUCAAGACAGACAGAGUCCACUGCAGCUGGGAACCAGACUAAGGACAUUCGACUAUAGGUCAGAGCCCUCAGGCAUGCUCAUGUUCACGUGGAAGCUUAUUCAAAUGGGUCGAUGUCCUCCGAUGCGGAUCAUCAGCAAUUCUCAUUUGGCAACAGCUCAGAAAGUCCCCAAAUCAUUUAUCUGUGUGAGUUGGGAAAUCACACAUAAGAAAGGCAUUGACACCUGACUCCCAUGCAGACAGUUGCCAUUCCUGCCAAGGUUGGGGUUUAGGAAGGCUGUUUCAGCCUCAUAAAUCAAGGGAGGAGCAAGCCCAGAGGAGACACAGCAGAAUCCAGGCUAGCUACCUGAAGUAGGAGUGGGGAUCACAAGGUGACUGGUGCACUCUUAUGAGUGAGCAGCGCUGAGUCCCCAUCGUUGCUUGGGAUGGAACUGGCACUCCAGUGGACUCAGCUCAAAGGAAGAACCCCAGGCCGAGAGACAAACACCUGAGGACUGAUUUUAGUUCCAUCUGGAGGCUCCCCUGGGCUGGAAGCCGGGUAGAAACCAUAACUUAUAUCAAAGAUCGUGCUGCCUGUCAGGCUGUGCUCCUCCGCAUGGUCAGAGGACAGGGCCUGGCCAGGGAAGCGUUCGUCACCUAUGCAAAAGCCAGUUAUUUCUCCCGGAAGUCUCUAUCAGGGAUCCCUCUUCAGACCCCCAGGUCAACCCUGCUUUUAAGCCUCCUGUCUUCUGUAUUGUACUAUGCCAAACAUGGAGAAGAGUCAAGUAGGAGUCUAGUUCUUGGAGUUUCUCAGUUCACAUGACUUCACAUGUGCCGGUAAAUGUCAAACCGUUUAACUGAACUGGGAGGGAGACCUUUUGUUGUGGGGCAAGAAGCCCCACCAUAGCCAAGCAAACUUCAACUUCCAAUUACCAACACAAUGGCAGCCUCUGCAAAAUUCCUAAAAAUCAACAACUGGUUCUUUUUUGUGGGGAGUGGGAAGUUAGCGUUGCUGGUUAGAUAGGAUCUCAGGUAACCAUUGGUGGCCUCAAAUUUGCCAUGUAGCUGAAGCUGAGCUCGAACUCCGUACCUUCUUGUCUUCAUAUCCUAAGUGCUUUGACUACAGGCAGAUGUCACACCUAUCCCAACAACUGGUUUUUAAAAGCAGGUGCAGGGUACUUCAUCACAAGCCACACUGUGUAGCUAGGACUGUGUGACCCCUGGUCAGGGAGGGUUCCCUAGAAUGCCAGGAAGUGGACAGGCCAACUCUGGGGUUUAGGCAGGGACAGACACACCUUGUCUGCCUCCUAAAUCUCCCUUCUCCCCUCUCUGCCAUUAAAGGCGAGGCAUCCCCA